GAGUGACCCUGGCUAAUGUUCUCUCUGCUUGCUCCUCCUCCUGCCCCCCCAGCGGCCGGACUCUAUUACCUAGCGGAACUGAUAGAAGAGUACACAGUGGCCACCAGCAGGAUCAUCAAAUACAUGAUCUGGUUCUCCACAGCUGUGCUGAUUGGCCUCUACGUUUUUGAGCGCUUCCCCACCUGCAUGAUUGGCGUGGGCCUCUUCACCAACCUCGUCUACUUUGGCCUCCUGCAGACCUUCCCCUUCAUCAUGCUGACCUCGCCUAACUUCAUCCUGUCGUGCGGACUAGUGGUGGUGAAUCACUACCUAGCAUUUCAGUUUUUUGCGGAGGAAUAUUAUCCUUUCUCAGAGGUCCUGGCCUAUUUCACUUUCUGUCUGUGGAUAAUCCCGUUCGCGUUCUUCGUGUCACUGUCGGCUGGAGAGAACGUCCUGCCCUCCACCGUGCAGCCAGGAGAUGACGUGGUCUCCAAUUACUUCACCAAAGGCAAGCGGGGCAAACGCUUAGGGAUCCUGGUUGUCUUCUCCUUCAUCAAAGAGGCCAUUCUACCCAGUCGUCAGAAGAUGUACUGACGCCCCUGGGGAGGGGAUGUUGGGGCGAGAUCAGGAGAGUCAGGCCCCUGGGCCUCUCUGUGAGCCUGGAAGGUUCCUUCCCCCAGCCCUGGCCUGACUUCCUUCAAGUCUCCCUGGAGCCUCCAUCCCCACCUUCCUCGGGAUGCGCAGCUGGGCUCAGAUCUGCUGCUGCUAGAGGCCGUGACCUCAGAGGCACCAGGGAGGGUGGCGGAGCCUGCUUGGCUGGAGGCCGUGGCCCACCUGGCUCUGUGGAAGCUGAGCUCCCCGUGGCCCUGCCUGCCCCUUCCAUGCUGGGUCAGGAGGCUCUGGCUCAGUCGAGGCGGGCAGGGCAGGGGCCUUGAAGCUGGAGAGCAGACAGGGAUAGGGUCUUCGGGCAGAUGGCCAUGGGGCAGGGCCAUGGCUUGGCAAUUCCCAGGAAAUAGUUUUUGCUGUUGAACUGUGAUUUCUGUCCAAGUCUGAUUCCUGUUUGAAUAAAGAUUCUAGGUGGCACUUGUUGCCUUAAUACCCUGAAAGUUCAUCUUCCUUUCUUCCUGCUGACCUUCUGCCCUGGCCUGGAUGGGCUUUUCGGCUGCAGGGGUUCCUUUUCUGGGAUUGGGCCUUGCCUUUCUGAAGGGACUGUUCUUAUGUCCCUUAGUGGGAAGGGGGCAGGAUGAAGAGCUGAGCCUGGUUAGGGGGUGGGGAGUGGCAGGUGGAUGCAGCCUUUCUUAUGCCCUCCCACCCACACCCCCCGUCUUUUCUUCAAUCUCUUCUUUCCCCAAGGCUCCAUGACUGUCAGGCGGGGGGCAGAGAGAGAGCAGUUUGGGACUGGGUUAGAUUUUCAGAGCAACUUCUACAAUACCCUAUUUAUAAGUCUUCCCCUGGAGAAAAGGAGUGGUUUCUGGCAGAAUUCUAUGUCAGGCUCAAGGAGAAACCUAACUUGACUGCCAGCAGUCUGGGCUAUGGCCUGUUUUGUAAGAAAUAGGCCUGGUGGAGGAAGCUGUGUGUCCAUGAGCACACGGGCUGGCCCCCUUUCCUGUGUGCUCGGCUCCUGAGGAGAUGACCUCAGGCCUCGAAGCAGGCAGGCGAGGUCCCGGGCACAGACCAGCAUUUGUUAACCUUGCACUCCAACUACAGUGCCUUGCAGAUACUCAGCACUACAUAGCGGAAUGAAGUCCCCGUGAAGGCCGUUACUGGCCAUGUCGUAUACCUCACAGCGAGGGUAGCAGGUGCAGCGAUGGGCUGCACACAUGUAGUAUCUUUAAGUCCCUGUGCUGAACAUCUUUCCUCCACAUCCUGCAAGUCCCACAGUAGCCCUUCCCUUCCUUGACUCUAGCAUUUCCUGUUCUCUUAACAAUACCAGCCUUCCCCUUUCCCUGGGAGGAGCAGCACACGUGGGUCUUCUCUCAACGGGGGCCAACAUCACCCUCACUGCUGGGCCAGUGCUCUCCCUCCCUGUCCUCCUCUUUGUUCCUCACCCCGAGGACGCGGCUUCACCUCCUCCAUGCGCUCCACUGUCAGUGCUCUUGUGGGGUUGCCAGUGGUCUUUUUGUGCAAAUCCAGUGAACCCUUUCCACCCCUUACUGGGUCUCUGCAGCAUCUGACAGGGCUGACCACCCCAGCUCCUUGAAUCGCACUUGUAUGGCCAUUUCUCCUCCUACCUCUGUGGCUUCUUCCGGUGCCCUAUGCAGGCUUCUCCACGCGCCCUACAGUGGGGUUUCUCAGGGUCCUGUCCUGGGCUCCCUGGAGGAGCCCAUCCAUGCUCAUGGCUUUGACUCUGCCAACGAAGUGAGAGUUGACUUCCAGCCCCAACACCCCUCCUGGGCUUCUGAACCGGUUCUGCUGCCUUUGGGCGCACAAGCUCCUCUCACAGCCCAGCUGCACUUGCUGCCCUCUGCAAACCUGCCUCUUUUGGGCACCUGCUGUGGCCCCGAGAGCACUCAGGAGCCAAACCAGAAACCUGCUUUCUAUCCCUGCUUUCUCCUUUUGCCCCCCACAUCCAGUCUCUCAAAACUGUCAAGUUUGCCUCCUUAACAUCUCUUGAUGAGAGUAGAGCCACUCCCACCGUCAUCAACUUUCACCUGGGUUAUUGUGACAGCCGCCUCCGGCUUCUAGGUCCCACAGCUAGAGUUGUCUUUCUAAAAUGCACAGUUGAUCACGUCACUUCCUGGCCUGCACCCUCCCAUGGCUCCCCUCUGCCUUCAGGACAAAAUCCAGACCCUUAGCACGGCUUUGAGACACGUAUCCUCUUCCUGCUCGCCUCUCUGGCCUCAUCACGUGCAACCUCGCACUCUGGGUCCUGGCCUCCUGUAUCCAGAGAUGCCACUUUUCUUCCCCUUCUAUUCACCAGGGCAUCUCUGUUAGUUCUCCACUUAAGAUUUUACUUCGUCCAAGGAGCUUUUAACGUCCCCUCCCCCUGCCCACUCCAGCACACCACACACAUCACGGUGGGCUCACUUGCCUGUGUACUGGUCCAUCUCCUCACUAGACUGUAAGCUCCUUGAGGGCAGGGACUGUCCUUCAAUUUUUGUAUCAACAGCGCCUAGCUUGGUGCCUGGCACAUGGGAAGCACUCAAUAAACGUUUGUUUAAUGAA